CAUUCCUACUUGAAACACGCACCAGCAAAGCCGGAGCUCUCUCUCCCUCUCUCUCUCUCUCUCUCUCGUUUGCUUUGAUCUUUUGUAAUGAAUGAAUUACACUCGUCUCUUUCUCUGCCCACCAUUCUCUCUGCAAUUAUCUUUCUUGGAGCUCUGAACAUCAGCUUCGUCAAUGGCAGAGACUCCUCGGGAGAUUACUCGAAGCUUUCUGGGAUUAUAAUCCCAGGUUACGCCUCCACGCAGCUCCGAGCGUGGUCCGUCCUCGACUGCCCUUACUCUCCUCUCGAUUUCAAUCCCCUCGACUCUGUCUGGCUCGACACCACCAAGGUUCUAUCUGCUGUAAAUUGUUGGCUUAAGUGUAUCUUGCUAGAUCCUUACAAUCAAACAGAUCACCCUGAAUGCAAGUCACGACCUGAUAGUGGUCUUUCUGCGAUUACAGAACUGGAUCCAGGUUAUAUUACAGGUCCUCUUUCCUCUGUUUGGAAAGAGUGGGUUAAAUGGUGCAUUGAAUUUGGUAUUGAGGCAAAUGCAAUCCUUGCCGUUCCAUAUGAUUGGAGGUUGUCAGCGUCAAUGCUGGAGGAGCGGGACCUUUACUUCCACAAGCUAAAGUUGACUUUUGAAACAGCACUUAAACUUCGUGGCGGACCCUCAUUAGUUUUCGCCCACUCAUUGGGAAAUAAUGUCUUUCGCUACUUUUUGGAAUGGUUGAAGCUAGAAAUUGCUCCAAAAAUGUACAUGCAAUGGCUUGAUGACCACAUACAUGCCUAUUUUGCAGUUGGUUCCCCUCUUCUUGGUGCAAUUGAGACAGUCAAAGCCACUCUUUCUGGAUUCACAUUUGGCCUCCCCGUUGCUGAGGGAACUGCUCGAUUGAUGUUCAAUUCAUUUGGCUCUUCUUUAUGGAUGGUGCCAUUCUCAAAGUAUUGUAGGACUGAUAAUACACAUUGGAAACAUUUCUUUGAGGGAGGAGGAAGGGGACAUUAUACAUACCAUUGUGAUGACACAGAAUUUCAGUCAAAUUACUCGGGAUGGCCUACAAAUAUAAUAAAUAUUGAAAUUCCUUCUAAACAAGGUGUUGAUGCGAACCCAUCAUUUCCUGAAGUAGCACAUGCCACAUCUUCUGGCAUGGAAUGCGGACUCCCUACUCAGUUAUCUUUUUCUGCCAGAGAAGUAUCAGAUGGGACCUUUUUUAAAGCAAUAGAAGAUUAUGAUCCGGAUAGCAAAAGACUAUUGUAUCAACUCGAAAAGUUGUAUCAUGGUGAUCCAGUUCUAAAUCCUCUUACACCUUGGGACAGACCUCCAUUGAAAAACAUUUUCUGUAUAUAUGGGAUAGAUAUGAAGACUGAGGUUGGUUAUUACUUUGCACCAAGUGGCAAGCCGUACCCUGAUAACUGGAUCAUAACAGAUGUGAUUUAUGAGAUUGAAGGGGCACUAUUCUCAAGGUCAGGCAAUAUAGUUGAUGGGAAUCCAGGAUUUUCAAGUGGAGAUGAGACGUUAUUUUUUCAGGUACCGUAUAAUUCCCUCUCAUGGUGCAAGACUUGGCUUGGGUCUAAAGUGAAUAUAACAAGGGCUCCUCAGUCAGAGCAUGAUGGGUCUGAUGUCCAAGUGGACCUGAAUGUAGAGCAUCAUCAUGAUUCAGAUAUAGUCCCAAACAUGACAAGGACUCCACGCGUCAAGUACAUAACCUAUUAUGAAGAUUCUGAAAGCAUUCCUGGAAGGAGGACAGCGGUUUGGGAAAUUGAUAAAGCAAACCACAGGAACAUUGUUAGGUUGCCAGUUUUAAUGCGAGAGGUGUGGCUCCAGAUGUGGCACGACCUUCAUUCUGAUGACAAAUCAAAAUUUGUGACAAAAGCCAAGCGUGGGCCUUUGAGGAAUGAAGAUUGUUAUUGGGAUUAUGGAAAAGCUCGGUGUGCAUGGUCAGAAUAUUGUGAAUAUAGGUAUGUUUUUGGGGACGUUCACCUUGGACAGAGCUGCAGGUUGAAGAACUCUUCCACAGAUCUCCUCCUGCACUAUUUAUAGAAUGUUGUACAUACAACCAUUGGAUAGGGCUUGAAAAUGAGGAUGACGGAUAAUCCCGGUUGUUGGUAUGCACAAGAAAUUCUCAUGCUGAUUCUUUGCCCGUGUUCUAAUCAAGCAGGAAGGGUUAAUCCAUCAUCCUGAUUAUUGAGCCAUGGGCCAAAAUGGUGGGGGCCACCAGGCGAAUAGUCCAAAUGUAAACGUCUACCAGUGUCCUAAAUUGGAAUGGUGGUGUUGAAUUAUAGCUAGAAUGGCUAGCCAAAUUAAUUGGAUAUGAAGUCGGAAGUGGUGGGGGUUGAGAAUACGGUGGAUGAUGCACUAUCCAAGAGAGAUGAUGAUGCUUUCCAUGCCAUGUAUGCGAGUUUAAGGAGUUGAAGCAUGAAGGUGCGAGAGAUCUCGAAUUGGUUGCUAGUAUCCGUUUACUUGCAUUUGAGAGGUUAUCAUAUGCCUAGUGAGUUUGCAUUGCAUCACCUUGCUGGCUCUAAUCCUUUGGCUUGUGGAUUUAUUAAUGGCUAAGCCGUGAACAAUACUAGGUGGGAGCAUAUGCUGCCAUUUAAGUGUGUCAAUGCAACUUCUGCCGUGGACGGUUCCAAGAGUAUACGGGUAAAAGAGGAAGCGCCAGCUGAUUGUGAAAGCCAAGGCAAGAGCACCGGUAAAGA